AAAAUAAAAAUCAUAACAAAACUAAAGAAAUAAAUUUAAAUAGGAAAUUUAUAAAGUAUUCAAUAAAAAACCCAAACAAAGUAGCGCACAAAACCAAUAUCAAUUACUAAAACUAAAUCCAACAAACAACCAACAACAAAACACAUACAAUAAGUAUAAUAAGUUUGUAGUAUGUACAUAUGUACGAGUACAGUGAUAAAGCAAAAAAAAAAAAAAAAAUGCAAGCAACACGCAUCUCGUAAAAUUAACCAAAUAACACACAUUUCACAAAGUUAUAACCAGAAGCGAAGAAGCAAACGAUUCCUAUAAAGGAUACUUGUACAAGCAUAAAAAGCAGCUGCGUGUCAAAGCCAAAGUAUAUAUGUACAUACAUACGUACGUUUAACCCAAUACUCGCUUUUCGGUUUGUGUUGAUGAGAUGAUAUGAGAUGAGAAGAGUUCAGCUGAAGAUGAAGUUCAUUCAUUCGUAUUCAUGAAUGCCGUUCAUUCGUUAUUUUUUUCCGUUCGGAACCAAUAGUGCUCCUUUAAAUUGUUGUAUUAUUAGGCGUAGUUAUUGUUGUUAUUGACUAAUACAUAUAUAUAUAUAUAUAUAUAUAUAAAUAUAUAUAUACCUACAUGCAUAAGUACAUACAGAGACACAUAUAAGAUAACAAAAAAGUGUAGAAGCAAAAAGAAGCAAGAAAUAUAAAAAAAAAUAUAAAUAAAUUUAUACAAACCUACAUAGCAAAUACGCCUCGUAAACACACACACACACACACACACACACACACACGCACGCAUACGUUAAGAUUAGUAGCGAACUACUAGUAAGAAUACACAAUCGGCUGACUGAGUAAAAGAACGACUGCGACACAACGAGGACAACCGCAAAGCCGGAACUGACAGCACACAUAGUCAGCAAGCGAAGUUUAAGUUCCAGCGUGGAAAAGUCAACUCGCGUCGUUUGCGAAAUUGAGUGCUGAACCUCGGAAAAAACAGCUAAAGGCGCAUAAAAACAAGACCGAAAACCAAAAGCGGAUUACUCUAAUCCAUUGGUGAUGACGUUGACGUGUACAACAACGCCUGUACGGAGCAACAGUGUAGUAACCGCCCUCAAGCAACAGCUUACGCCGCAGCAAUAGCAACAGGAGCACUUCGAUCUGCGGCUCUCAUUGAUUGUUCAACGCGCGAAGCUAACUGCAGCCAGACAAUAGUGGCAAGUGCCAAGGCGGCAGGGAAUAGAAGCGUUUAGUAGAUAGUCGAGUUGACAGCUACUCGGAUACGGAUACGGAUCGAAGGUUUGGCGUUGAUUACAACGAACGUGCAGUGAGAGCAGUCAACGGCAGUUACGGUGACGGUGCAGUGAAGUGGAAACGGCUGUUGUGACAUCGCAAAGACUUUGAAUUCGUGACUACGUGACCUCAAAGUCAGCGUCGUGUGUGCUUGGAGCUGGUCUGAGUGUGUGUGCUUAUGCGAGCAUCGAUCCUGAGAAGAAGGAGAGGUUUACCGUUAGGUAUUAGUAAAUAAACAUUUAUUCACGUCAGUCAUCUCCACCGCCACCGCACAGACUACAAUGCUCUGGUAGCCAAGAUAGUUUUGCCGUGGAUCACUACUGCGGCAGCAGCAGCGUUGAUACGCCACACGCAGUGAAUAGCAGCGGUAGUGUACUUGGUGUUGGAGCGUCUUCGGGUUUAAGUGGCUCGAGCAGCGGUGUUAGUAGUGGAAUCGUCGGCGGCGGCAGCAGUGGUGGCGGCGGCGGCGGAGUCGGAGGCGUUGGUGGCCUUUGUAGCCAAUGCUCAUCAACGGCAGCAGCUGCGGCUGCAGCUGCAGCAGGACAUCAAACAUCGUGCGGUGGCGGUGGCUGCAGCAGCGGCAGUGGCGGCGGCGGUGGCAAUCACAGCGGAAUUGGCAUUGGCGGCUGUUAUUGCAGCAGCAGCAACACGAUGUGCCAUCAUCAUGGAACUGGCAUCGGUGGCAUGCCAAUGGGUGUGCCACCACCACCACAACCGCCACAACAAUCGAUGAUGUCUGGCAGCGGCGUCGGCGCCAUCGGUGGCCUCGGCAGCAUCGGUGGCGAUCUACGCAAUCCCUUGCACAGCAGCAGCAGUUUACUCGGCUCACACAUCUCGCUCGGCGGUUUGAGUGUAGGCGGUGGCGGCGGCGGCGGCGGCGGUGGUCUCUACGGUUGUGAUACGAUCAUCUCAGGCGGCCCCAGUCACUGUCGCAGUUUGAGCGGUUUAAGUAGCCUAAGUAUUGGACCGCCAAUACCAGCACCACCAGUGCCGCCGCCACCACUAUUCAAUCCUUGCGGUUCAACAAGCUUUAAUUCGAUCCAUACAAUGCAACAGGGACCGAGUGGCGCCUCACGUUGGGGACCGCGUACAUCAUGCCCAAUACAUAGUCCAUUUCGAGUGCGUGCGCCCAACGGUUCGAUAUGCUCUGGACAUCAGGCAUUGCUACAUACUCACGAUGUUGUUGCACGAGACGUUUACGGCGAAGAGGCAUUACGCGUUACGCCACCGCCAAUGGCACCAUAUAUUAAUGGCGAUGAAAUCGAUAAUGUGGACAAUGGCGAAUUGCAGCAUGUAACCAGAGUACGUUUGGUGCAAUUCCAGAAAAACACCGAUGAACCAAUGGGCAUAACGUUAAAAAUGACCGAAGAUGGACGCUGUAUUGUCGCCAGAAUAAUGCAUGGCGGCAUGAUACAUCGUCAGGCAACGCUGCAUGUUGGCGAUGAGAUACGGGAAAUUAAUGGUCAGCCUGUGCAACAUCAAUCUGUGGGCCAAUUGCAACGGAUGCUGCGUGAAGCGCGUGGUUCGGUUACCUUUAAAAUAGUUCCUUCUUAUAGAAGUGCUCCACCACCCUGUGAGCUUUUCAGGAUAAGACCAACUCCAGUACUUAUAUUUGUGCGUGCACAAUUCGAUUAUAAUCCUUUAGAUGAUGAGCUUAUACCGUGUGCCCAAGCAGGCAUCGCAUUCCAAGUCGGCGAUAUUUUACAGAUUAUAAGCAAAGAUGACCAUCAUUGGUGGCAGGCCCGCUUGGAUACAGUGGGUGGUUCGGCCGGUUUGAUACCGUCACCGGAGUUGCAGGAAUGGCGUAUUGCCUGUAAUGUUGCGGAUAAGACCAAACAGGAGCAAGUAAAUUGUUCGAUAUUUGGGCGUAAAAAGAAACAAUGUCGCGACAAAUAUUUAGCUAAACACAAUGCCAUAUUUGACAACUUGGAUGUGGUGACAUACGAGGAGGUUGUAAAAGUGCCAGUCGGUGAUCCAAACUUUCAACGGAAAACGUUGGUUUUGCUUGGUGCGCAUGGUGUGGGUCGCCGUCACAUUAAGAAUACACUAAUUUCCAAGUAUCCCGAUAAAUAUGCAUACCCCAUACCACAUACAACGAGACCUGCAAAACCGGAGGAGGAGAAUGGACGCAGCUAUUACUUUGUUUCACAUGACGAGAUGAUGGCCGACAUAGCUGCAAAUGAGUACUUGGAAUAUGGUACUCAUGAGGAUGCCAUGUAUGGCACCAAACUGGACACCAUACGUCGCAUACACACCGAAGGUAAAAUGGCCAUAUUGGACGUCGAACCGCAGGCGUUGAAGAUUUUGCGUACAGCUGAGUUUACGCCUUAUGUUGUAUUCAUUGCGGCGCCUUCGCUACAAAAUAUCGCAGAUUAUGAUGGCAGUUUGGAGCGUUUGGCCAAAGAGUCCGAUAUGUUGCGUCAAUUGUAUGGGCAUUUCUUCGAUUUGACGAUCGUAAACAACGACAUUAGCGAGACCAUUGCUACGUUAGAGGCGGCCAUCGAACGUGUACACACCACACCACAAUGGGUGCCAGUGUCAUGGUUAUACUGACAAGACAGUGAGCUUGAGUGUCCCGAUUGCUUGGAGGGCUGCGACUGUGAAUGGGAAGCAUAUGCAGCUGGUGCUCAACAACCAAAUACGGGCCUCUUUUAAAGUUAUUACAUGCUACAACAAAUAUAACAACAUCAACUACAACAACAGCAACAACAAAAACAACAACAGCAACAGCAGUAAUGAAAUGAAAUUCACUCAGCAUAAUACUGUAAACAUAUAUAAUAUAUGCGCAAAACAUCACUUGGAAACAUCAACUUAUUAUAAAAAAUACAUGAUACAUAUAAUUAUUAUUAUUAUUGAAUAAUUAAAACAAAAGCAGAAAAAAGCUAAACGAAUUCUGGCAAACAUAAAGACAUAUUUACUUGCAACAGUGCACAAAGUGACACAGGCAACUUACCAACUUA